AAUACUGUGAAGAAGUCAAACAAGCAGCUGCUGUCACAACACAUUCAACUACUCUACUAUUCUGAUCCACUGUUGUAAUGAUGGAGUGUGUUAAAGAGGAGACUGAUCCUGAAUCAUUCACAAUAACACCUCAACAUACUCAACAACAAAGAGACUUGUUGGAAGUAAAAGAGGAAGGUCAAGAACACAAUGGAAUGAAGGAUGAGCAUAAGGACCACAAUUUUCUGACUGACAGCUUCUCAGAAACUGAUGAAAAUACCUCUCAAGAAAGAGUUGAAGCCAAAAAUGUUUUUGAAUGCCAUCUUUGUGGUAAGACUUUCUCAAAAAAAGGGCAACUAACUUAUCACCUAAGGAUUCACACUAAGGCGCCCCAUGUAUGCUCCCACUGUGAGAAGACUUUCAUCGAUAAAAGUAAAUUUGUGGAUCACAUGAGGAGUCACACAGGUGAGAGACCUUUUGCCUGCCCUCAGUGUGAUAAACAUUUUAUUAAUAAAGGAAAACUUAAUUAUCACAUGAAGACUCACAGUACUGAAAAUCCCUACAUUUGCCCUCAAUGUGGAAAGACUUAUGCAUGUAAAGAAUAUCUUCAGAAGCAUAUAUUAACUCACAUUCAGACAAAACCUUUCUCAUGCCCUCAGUGUGGAAAGAGUUUUUCAUAUAAGAGUACCUUAUAUGCUCAUGUGAGACGGCACACUAGUAACGGGCCGGACACCUGCUCUCAUUGUGGAAAGAGUUUCUUCGGUAAAACAAAUCUAGAAAAUCACAUACGAGUUCACACUGGAGAGAAACCUUACACAUGCCCUCAGUGUGAUAAGAGCUUUAAACAACAAGGAGCUCUUAGGUUUCACAUAAGAAUUCAUACAGGUGAGAAACCUUUCGCGUGCCAUCUGUGUGAUAAGAGUUUUAAACAAAAAGGAGUUCUUGGGUAUCACAUGCGAAUUCAUACAGGUGAGAAGCCUUUUUCAUGCCAUCUGUGUGAUAAGAGUUACAUACAUGCAAAAAAUCUCAAACUACAUUUGCAGGUUCACUCAAAUGAAAGACCUUUUAGCUGCGAUCAGUGCGAUAAGAAGUAUUUUACAGCAUGUCUCCUUAAAGAGCACCUAAAGACUCAUUCAGAUGAGAGGCCGUAUUCGUGUUCUGUUUGUGGGAAGAGUUUUCAAUCACACAGAAGAGUUACAGUGCAUGAGAAAAUACAUGCAGGUGUGAGAAACCAUGUGUGCUCUGUGUGUGAUAAAGCCUAUCUGAGAGCCCCAGACCUAAAGCGGCACCAAAAGAUCCAUGAAGAAAAAUCCUGAAAGUGCUCAGAUUGUGGAAAGAGUUUUAUUGAGUUUGGGAAGCUGAUAAAACACAAGUGACUCACAGAGAAAAGUGCUGUCCACAAAGAGUGAGCAAAGAUCAACUUCAGUCUUUAGGUCCAUGCAGAUGGUUUAACCUCUUCCACUUAGGCUGGUCUGUGUCAGCACCAAAACUAGAAUGAACACUCGGCCAGUGCUCAGUAUGGGCUCACGUUUCCACCAAAAAGAGAGCUGAAUGCACUACUUCACCAGUGACCAGAAUUGCGCAGGGUUAUAUUAUUAAACUGCUGCGUGUUAUGCUGUAUUAUACCAUGGGGCUGUUGAAUGCUUAAUCUGAUUGGUUGAGAAAUUUUCCAUGGGUGUUGAUUAUUUUUCUUGUAAAAUGUACACCUAAUCUGUCAAAUGUCUUAAAAUAACCAACAGAGCAAUGUUUGUGAUAACUGCUAUAAGCGGAAUAGUUGACUCCAUUACUUUGAAUUAUUUGAAAAUGAUGCACACCUGCGGUGUAACACUGUUUCGCGUCGUGCUGCAUUACCACCUUGGGUGUGGUUUAUUUUCUAAUAAUUCAAUGGGCCUUUGUCAAUUAUUCCUUAGUUAUUUCAUGUUAUGAUGUUACUGUAAUAAUGCACACUCAAGGUGGUAAUGCAGACAUGAUGCAAAGUGGAGUUGAGGUCUGGACUUUGAUGGACUAGUUAGGAAAAAAUACCUAAAUCUCCUCAUGAUGGCUCUAUUCUGGUUUAUUGAGCAUAAUGAUGACUUUGUAGAUAAAGUGGUGGCCAUCAUGAGGACAUUUAGGUCAUUUUCCUUACUGGCACCAUCACAGUCUGGACCUCAACCCCAUCAGUCACAUUUUGGGCUCGUUGAAAAUAAACUGGACCUGUAGAUCCAAAGGAAAGCUUUUGGCUUGGGUUGAAGAACGCAUGGGAUAACAUUACUGAUGAAGUUCUGAGGAAAUGACCAAUCAUAACACCAAUAUUUUGCGUCACUGACGCUAUUUUGUCUGACGUUCAAACAACGUAAUAGAGAUAAACUGACUGUACACUAUGGCUGUGUCUCAAUCAGCACCCUUGUUCAGUAGUCAGUGCAACUUCAGCACAGGAGCCAUUCCCAGUGGAAAAAGGGUGCAGAUAAACUGACUGAAUUACGCCCAAUUAAUUAAUUUCUGUAUGUUAUCUAGAACAUGUUUUUUUAAUGGAGUGAAACUUUUGUAUUGAUUUUUAACUGUACUUUUAAAUAAAUCA